AUGGAAGAAAAGUUAAAUGAAAUGGAACAAGAUGGUAUCAUCACAAGGACAUCAACGCCUUACAGUAGUCCAUUGACAUUCACUCUUAAAAAAGACGGCUCAAUUAGAGUUCUGCUUGAUGCCAGAAGCAUAAAUAAGAAAAUGGUUGCAGAAACAGAGAAACCACCUAUAGAAUUAGAUGUUUUGAAUUCAUUUCACGGAGCGAAUUAUAUCACUACCAUUGACUUAAAUAAUGCAUAUUUUCAAAUUCCGAUAAAUAAAGAUGGUAGAAAAUAUACUGGAUUCACAUUCAAUGGAAAGUCAUAUGUAUAUAAUGUUUUACCGCAAGGAUUAAAAACAUCAGUAGGAAGCUUUAGCAGAGCCAUGAAUUUAAUAUUAGGACCAGAAGUCCAAGAAUUUUGUGUGAACUAUUUAGAUGAUCUAGCCAUUAUUACAACAGGAACGUUAGAUAAACAUUUGGAGCACAUUGAUAUUGUUUUAAGUAAAUUGAACAAAGCUGGCUUAACGUGUAACUUGCAGAAAUGUGAAUUUAUUUGUAAAGAAAUUAAAAUGCUGGGUUUUAUAAUUUCAACAGAAGGCAUAAAGACAGAUCCCGAUAAGAUUCGAGCGAUCCAAGAGUUUCCAGCACCUAAAAAGAUUAAACAAUUAAGGGCCUUUUUAGGUCUAUGCAAUUUUUAUAGAAGGUUUAUACCAAAUUACAGCGAGAGCAUAAUACCGCUCUGUGAAUUACUUAAAAAGGGACGAAAGUUCAAAUGGAGCGGUAAAGAACAGAAGGCAUUUGAUUUUAUAAAACAACAAUUUAUUAAUACAAUACAAUUGCAUCAUCCAGACUUUAAUAAGCCGUAUUAUUUACAAACAGAUUGUUCCGGUGUGGGUAUGGCCGGAGUACUAUAUCAGAUAGAUGAUAAUAGUGAAAUGAGAAUUUUAGGCUAUCAUAGUAAAGCCUUAAAAGGCCCCGAAUUAAAUUGGUCUGUUACUGAACAAGAGUUUUAUGCUGUAAUAAGCUGCCUAAAGAAAUUUGAAACAUAUUUGCGGGGCAAAAAAGUAAUAAUACUAACUGAUCAUAAAGCAUUAUUGUUUAUUAAUAAUAUGAAGUUAUUCAAUGGUAGAGUAACCCGAUGGAUUUUGUAUAUAGAACAAUUUAAUUAUGAAGUACAGCAUAUAUCGGGUAGACGUAAUAUUGUUGCAGAUGUGCUAUCACGUUAUCCUCCUGAUGGCGAUUUAAUACAAGAGGAUAAAAAUAAUAGUUUAGAAAUUGCUUACACAGAGAGCGAACCGAAUAUUGAGUUGAUAGAAAAAUUAAAAUCCUUAACAGUAUAUCAAUUACAAGAUACAGAGUCGUUGGCUAUUAUUGAAAAGUUAAAGACAUUAAAUACUUCCAUAAUAAAACAAAACAAUAAAUUUAAAAGAUAUAGUUUGAAAAAUGAUGUAUUAUAUUACAAAACGAAUUUACAAGAAGUAAUAUAUUUACCUAAAGCAUUGAGACAAGAUAUUAUAAAUCAAGUGCAUGUCGAAAUGGGUCAUCAAGGACCCUAUAAGUCAACAGCAAAGUCUGUUGUAACAAAAGUAAAGCAUUUUGUUGAGAUUAUAAAGCCCAAGGCAAUAAUGACAGAUAAUGGAAAACAGUUCGUAAGUAAUCACUGGAAACAAUCAAUGAGUGAAUUAAAUAUAAAGCCAAUAUAUACCACAGUUAGAAAUCCUAGACCAAAUACAACAGAGCGAGUAAAUAAAGAGUUGAGCAGAUUAUUUAGGACGCUUUGUCAUACUAACCACAAAGAUUGGGCGUUAAUAUUGCCGAAAUUAGAAGAAUUGUAUAAUAAUUCUUAUCACAAUAGUACAGGCUUCACGCCUUGUGAGAUUCUUUAUGGUGAGUCUAAUGAGAUGUCUUUUGACAAAGUAAUUUCCAAAAGUAAAGACAAACAUAAUGUCGGACAAAUUAGACAACAAGUGCGUAAAAAUUUAAAAGAGGCAAGUCGAAUAAGAAACACAAAAUUUGAUAAGCGAAAUAGAUUAAUAAAAUAUAAUAUUGGUGACUUAGUAAAAAUUUCAAGAUCUAGUAGAUCAGACGCUGAUAAUAAAGUUAUGUAA